UAUAGCGCUGAACAGGCCUUAGAAAUGUUUUAUAAUUUGUCAAUUAUGGAUAGUGAUAAUGAAGAUCUAUUAUCAGAUCAGUCAGAUGAAUCUGAAUACAAUAAUAGUGGAGAAGAUAGUGAUUCUAGUAGUGAUGAAUCUCCUAAGGCAAGAUCUAAGCUUUUAUCCCUUGUGCACUCUUGCACUGGUGGUAAAUCUAAACCAAAGAAGAACAGAUAUGUUGACCCUGUUGAUUCAACUGGAGAUAAUAUUUUCACAGAAUGUAGCAAUAGAUCUAGAUCUGAUGUUACUAGAUCUAGUGACACUAGAGUUACUAUUGAUGAAUGGGUAGAAGCUACUUUAGGUGAAUCAACAAGCAAUGAUUUUCCCUUUUUGCCUACUCAAGAACCAGGUAUAAAUACAAGCCUAAUCAAUGAAUCCUCUUCUGUUCUUGAUUGUUUUUCAUUAUUAUUUGAUGAUGAGAUUAUAAAUAAUCUGAUUGACUGCAUCAACAGUUUUGCAGAAAAGAAAAUAAUGCAAAAUACACCCAUGAGAAAAAGAUCAAGGUACCAUGACUGGCAUCCAGUUUCUAAGUAUGAUAUUUAUAAAUUUUUUGCUGCUAUAUUUGCAAUGGGUAUCAACAAAAGACCUGCACUUAAUGAUUUCUUUUCUACCAUUGAUUUGUUCUAUACACCAUUCUUUGGUGAAUUGUUCAACAGAGAUAGGUUUCUAAUUUUGUUUUCUACUAUGCUACACUGUGGUGAAGCCAAUGCAGAAGGUAAAAAUAAAGUUGAACCUUUUAUCAACAAAGUUAUACAAAAAUUUAACAUAGCCUUUACUCCAUAUCAGCAAGUCUCAAUUGAUGAGAUGAUUGUUGGAUUCAAAGGAAGAUGGCAAUAUAAGCUGUUCAACCCUUCUAAGCCUUCAAAGUAUCACAUCAAAAGCUUUGGUUUGGUUGAUAGCACCACUGGAUAUGUCAUCAACCUUCUUACAUAUUAUGGCAAGAAUACAUCUUUUGACCCUGAGGCUGAUACAGAAGGAGGCCAGGCUAUACAAAUUUUUUGCACUCUUCUAAAAUAUUUAGGUAAAGGCUUCCAUAUUUUUGCAGACAGGUAUUAUACAACAAGAAAAUUAGUUGAUUUUUUGACUAAUGAAAAGUUUUUAUACACUGGCACCAUUCAAAGUAAUAGGUUGGGAUUUCCACCUCAAGUAAAAAAUGCUAACAUCAAGCAUAUGGAAUCCAAGUAUUGGAUGACACAAAACAAACAAAAACUAGUUGUUUUGUGGAAGGAUAAAAAAUCAAAAAAGCCAGUCAUUAUGGUAUCCACAAGUGCACAAUGCCUGGGUGUUUUGGUAAAACACAAAAGUAAACCAUCCAUGAUUGACAAGUACAAUAAAUUCAUGUUUGGUUGUGACCUAGCAGAUCAAAAAAUUGGCUACUAUGGCCUGCAUGCAAGAAAAUCAACCAAAUGGUGGAAAAAGCUUUUUCUUUGGAUUAUAGAAAUUGCCUGUUCUAAUGCCCAUGUUUUAUAUAAUCUUAGUAGACCAGAUCAUAUCAAAAAGUCUUUUCUGAGCUUGAAACAAUUCAAGAUUCAGCUGGUGGAUUUACUUUGUGCUGAAGCUUCCACACUCAUACCACAAGAAGAAAAAGAGAAGAGAAAAAUAUCAAUGGGUCGUCCUCGAAUCAAUCCACUGGCAAGACUUUCAGGGGGAAGACACAUAAUAGACAUUGGUGAUAAACAGAGACGUUGCAAAGUUUGCAGCAAUUCUAAGCCUGUUCGGACAUUAUUUUUUUGUAUGGAUUGUCCUGAUCAGCCUGCCCUUCACCCUAAGGAUUGUUUCAAAAUUUGGCAUACUCAGGCUAUAAUUUGAAUAUUCUGAACAAAUAAGGACAUACAAAAUGUAAAUAAGUUAAUAGUUUUGCAUCAUGUUAUUUUUAUAUCUGUGUUCUAUUCUGACUUCUAGACAAUGAUUUAGAUUUUCUUCAACAUUAUUUUUCCAUUGUAUUACCUAUGUUGGAAAAAGAAAGGACAGUGAUUAUGAGCAUUGCAUUUCAACUAUAACUUUUUAUUUGUAACUAUAGCAGAGAAUAUCUUGAGCAACAUAGUCUUUCAAAUGACAAAUAAAAUCUUGUUGAACAUUGUGUUUCAACUUUGAGUAGAUUCAUUUUGGGAAUAUACCAAUAAAUAUCUUGGUGAACAUUGUGCUUCAUAUUUGACUAUUUAUUUAGAAACAUUAUACAAUGAAUAUCUUGAGAAUUGUGUUUUCUCUUUGACAAUUUUUGUUGGACAUAACAAUGCCUAUCUUAUCAGCAUUUCAUGUUCAUUUGUGGUCAGAAUAUAAAACUGACUAUUUGAAAAAAUAGUGCAUCCUGAACUGUUACUUUUUUAAUUAAAUACAACAGAGAAAUGAUAUUAAACAUUUUGUGC